GCUGCAACUCGUCUACGACAACAUCGUGGGCUUGGCGACUGCCGGAGUGGUCUCAGUUCUCCCUUCCGCGGAAGAGUUGUUGGAGGGGCUGUCACACCUCCGCUUGACUCUGAAGACGGAGCAGGAACUCUCGGCGUGUCUGUGGGUGCUGGAAGCAGCGCUAGGCAGCGGUUGCUCCUCCUUUCCCAGCUUCGAGGCCUUCCUGUCCAUGGCUGGAGCGGCAGAGCUGGAGACGCUCAGCGAUGCGACUCCUCCGUCCUCGGCCAUUUCGAUGGUCUCUUCGGAUGGCCGGAAGCAUGGAGAGCUCCGGGUGCAGUUGGAAGGGCUGCUCUCGGGGGGCACGUCUCCAACCAAGAGCGCCAAGAGCUUCUUGUCGUCAGAGGAGUCGGGCCCAGCCUUAGAGGUGCCAAAGGUCGCAGCUCAAGAGGAGUUCGAGGAUUCGGAGGUGGAUCUACCCCCAAUGCCCAGCGUGGAGCAGCGGUUUCUGUGGCCCGGCUGGGUGGCAGAUAGGGAGGUCCCUGCUUCAAAUUUUGCCGUUCUUGCCUCUGCUCCGGUUUUCCUUGCGGUCGAAGGUCUCGAAUGUGAGCAGCUUAUGAGUGCCGAAGAUUAG